UCCAAGUUGGCAACAUAUAGAGACAGUCCCUACCGGCCAGUGGGCUCACAGUCUAAAACUCCCCAGCGGACGCUCCUCCCCAGCAGACGCUCCUCCCCAGCGGACGCUCCUCCCCAGCGGACGCUCCUCCCCAGCGGCCUGUCCCCCGGCGGGGCUUGGGCCUUCGUCCUCUGCGGCCAUGGCGCUGCGGGUGGCUCUGUUUGAGCUCGGAGGCGUCCUGCUAGGUCCGUCCCCACGAGAGGUCUUCAGUCGGACCGAGGAGGCCCUGGCCUUGCCCAGCGGAUUCUUUGGGAAGGUGACCACCCAAGGGGGCCAGGAGGGCCCCUUUGCCCGCCUCCUGAGAGGAGAACUCACACUGGGACAAGCGGUGCCUCUCCUGGAUGAGGCCUGUAGAGACAACUCCGCAGCCUCCGGUUUCCGGCUCCCGACCCCGUUCUCCAUCCGUCGGGUGUUUGACGAGAUGCGUUCUGGGGCAGAGAUCAACAUCCCCAUGCUGCAGGCAGCCAUCGCCCUCAGGAACAGGGGGUGGAAGACCUGCAUCCUGUCCAACACGUGGGUGGACGACAGCCCUGAGCGCAGCCAGCAGGCACAGAUCUCGUGUGCCCUGGCCAAGCAUUUUGACCUACGGGUGGAGUCUUGCCGUGUGGGCGUGGCCAAGCCGGACCCGGCGAUCUACUUGUUGGCGCUGGAGGCCCUGGGCGCACGGCCCCAUGAGGCUGUUUGCUUGGACGACACCGAAGCCAAUCUGCGGGCAGCCCUCGAAUUGGGGCUGGUCACCAUCCAGGCCCAGAACACAGCUGCAGCACUGGAGAAAUUGGAACAGAUCACCGGGAUGCAGCCACUUGGCCCCAAAGAAACCCUGCUCACUGCCUGCAGGCCGGACAGCGUUGCUCACGGACAAGUCUCGGUCAAGCCUGGAGUCCAGCUGCACUUCGUGGAAGCGGGAACAGGCCCUGCUGUCUGUCUCUGUCAUGGCUUCCCUGAGAGCUGGUUCUCCUGGAGGUACCAGAUCCCGGCUCUGGCUGAUGCAGGGUUCCGGGUCAUAGCUCUGGACAUGAAGGGAUAUGGGGACUCCUCGGCCCCCCAAGCCAUGGAGGAGUAUUCCCAGGAGGAGAUGUGCAAGGAGGCAGUGACUUUCCUAGACAAACUGGGUAUUUCCCAGGCGGUGUUUAUCGGCCAUGACUGGGGCGGCAUGUUUGUGUGGAACAUGGCGCUCUUUUAUCCGGAGCGUGUGCGGGCUGUGGCCAGUCUGAACACGCCCUUCAUGCCAGCAGACCCCUCGGUGCCUACAAUGGAGAAGAUUCGGGCGAUGCCCGUAUUUGACUACCAGCUGUACUUUCAGGAGCCGGGGGUGGCUGAGGCAGAACUGGAGGCUGACCUGAGCCGAACUCUGAAACUCUUAAUCCGAGCCAGUGAUGAAAAGAACUUCGUCACAACCUGUGAAGUUCAGAAGAGAGGCGGGCUAUUGGUGGGGAUGCCUGAAUCUCCCCCGACGAGCCGUAUCCUGAAGGAGGAGGAUUUGCGUGUCUAUGUGCAGCAGUUUGAGAAAUCUGGCUUCAGGGGCCCGCUGAACUGGUACAGGAACGUGGAGAGGAAUUGGCGCUGGUCAUGCAUUGCAGCUGGCCGGAAGGUCAUCCCAGAGGUGGAGCGUCCCAUGGAGAGGCCGCCUGUCCAGCUGGGCACCCUCAGUCGUGCACCUUCAGCUGCUGUCAUGGGGUAGCGGGGAGGGGUUGAGCCAGGGGCUAAGGGUUGUCAGUCAGUCAAUCAGUUGUAUCUAUUGAGUGCUUACUGUGUGCAGAACAAUGUACUAAGUGCCAGGGAGAGUACAGUAUAACAGAGUUGGUAGACAUGUCCCCUGCCCACAGUGAGCUUACAGUCUAGAUCUAUUUUUACAUUAAAUUUUAGAUAGGUGCGUAAGUGUCGCGGGGCUGAGGGAGGGGUGGAAAAGGGAAAAUAUCCACAUGCAAAGGCCACCCAGAAGGGAGCAGAAGAGGGAAUGAGGGCUUUAUCAGGGAAGGCUUCUUGGAGGAGAUGUUAGGACAUAGGACUCUGCCUUGGGAAUCUGGUGUCCAGGUGCGCCCCUGGAGUUCAUGGGAUAUUCCCUUGCACGGUGCCACCUGAAACACCUCUCCACCCCGGGAUUCACCUCUCUGUCCUUACGUGGUGGCCUCU